AUGGAAUCCCGGUACCUGAGCGCCUCGGAGAGGGCAGACAAUCUGUUGGAGAGUUUUGCGAAUGGCUUCUCAUUUCUCUAUCCAAAAUGCUACGCAGAUCUAAGUGUUCACAAAGAAUCCGCCGGAAAAAAGGCCUUCGGGCCUUUAUUUAGCCCCCUGUUGGCUUGGCUCGGGGACGGCUCCGGGGGAGUGACCUCGCAAACCCUGGCAAGACUUGCUGAAUCUCUUCGCCUCGGAAAGCUUAGAGGGUUCCAUGGGGAAAUUGAUUUGUCGAGAAACUCUAUUUCUGAUAUAGACCUCGUGCCACUUUUGCAGGCCCUCAGAACCGUGCACUGCGUUACGGGCCUCCGAUUACGAGACACUUGGAUAGGCGAUGCCUCAGCUCCCCUCUUAGCAAGUAUCCUGAAAGAGAGGUCCUCAUUUUUGUCUCUAGAUGUAUCUGGUACCAACCUUACGGAUGUCGGGGUCAUACGGCUAUGCCAGGCGACCCGGGUACACCGCUCAGUCAAGCGUCUGUCCCUUCCGAAGCUAAGGCAAAGGGGUCUCUUCGCUGUCAUCGCCGUAAUCCAGCAGUGUCCUUUCUUAGACGUACUGGAAUUUGGCAUUCACGAAAAUGUCAGCUCGUUGGAGGCCCCUGGGGGCCUCUGCGAGCCGGAUGGACCUAUGCCGAGCGCAGCAGGAGUCGUACCCAAAAAAUUGUUGGGAAGCCGGAAGAACAUGCAUGUACCCACACAGGAGGAAGAUGAUGCAAGAAGUUUGAAAGACAGCGAGGAGGGAAGCUCUGGACUGCCUUUUACUGGGGUUGAAGUGACACGCCAAGCCAAAUACAUUGAGGUACGCAGAUCUCACAUAGGAGUCCAGCUAGGAGUAUUCGCCUGCUGGUAUCUGCAGGCGUUUGCUCGGGGGCUCAGCGGAGAAACGCUAUGGCAUCAUGGAGAGAGGAGUAGUUUUUCUAGAGGGCAGCCUUGCCUGUCGCCGGAGAGCAGAGAGGGGAUCAACUUGACUGGUGGGGGCGUGGAGGAUUUUCGCCUUCGUCAUGUUGGACUGGCCUUCGAGCAAUUAGCCAAAGAGAGAGAGCUCGCUCUGGAGAAAAAUGCCAAAAGCCAAGACAAUACAAUAUUGAGUCAAGAUGAUGGAGAAGGUAAGGCUAUGGCACCCAUGCCCCCUGUGCCUCUGCGCGUCUACGUCUCCUCGGUGCUGGAGCAACGGCUGACUCAGGCAUUGAUGCGGUUAGUUGCAGCAAAGAAAGAGCUGCCGUGGUGUGUUGAUACACCUCAGAAGGAGAUGGCCUUUGUAGCCAACGAGCUGUAUGAGGGCACAUAA